UUAAGAGUAUUGCUUGUUCUCGAUGAAUGGACCCCUGAUAAUGGGUUGGUUACAGCAGCUUUCAAGAUCAGGAGGAAAUUUAUCUACGACGAAUACCGGAAAGAGAUUGACCGUGUAUACAGUGGAAUCUAAUCUAAAUGUGUCAAAUUGUCGGGGUUUAACCUUAGUGAAGUAUUUAGUUACAGUGUAUGUAUUGAAAUGGUUGUAAACAAUGAUUAAUUUUAAUGUGGAUCCGGGUUAAGGUCGAUAUUUUGCCCCUUGGAUCCGGAUCCGUGGAAUUGCAAUAUAUUUUCGUAUCCGUAUCCAGGAAGCCAAAAUGGUGCGGAUCUCUGGGAUCCGGAUCCACGGCAUUAGAUGUAAAAAAUGUUUUUUUAAGUUUUGUUAUUUCACGAUUUAUCAAUAAGAAACUUUUUACCUUUUAUGCAUGCAAUAGUUCAUUUUUGUUUAGUUAAAAAAUAAAGUGCUACCGAGUGAUCAAGUGAUAUUAUGAUAUAUCCCCCCCCCCCCCCAUAUAUGUAAUUUGUUUAUCUCGUUGCAAGCCAAAUCUAGCCUGAGCUUAUUGAUAAAUAAAUUGUAAAUUAAUUAGUCGCGCAUUUUAUUUUGUUUGGCGCCAGAUAAAGUUUUUUUUUUCAGGAAAAAUGGGUGAAAAUGAUUCACACAACAUUCUUGUGGAAAAGAAUAAACGUCUGUCUAGCGAUCUCAGCGAACUUAGUGAUAAGCCGAGCAACGAACCGAAUAUUAUGAAUAAAACAAAUUUAUCAGCUUCGGAAAAUAGACUAUUAACAGAAGACCAAUCUAGAAAAACAGAUGAUGAAGAGAAAGUUAAAAACUGUGAUUUGAUAAAUGAAAAUGGAUUAAUAGUUAUAAAUGUAAGAUCUGCUGAAACUGAAGAAGAAACUACUAAUAAUGAAGAUGAAAAGUCAAUUGACGAAGAGAAUGUUAAAGUGAUGAUUAUUGAUGAGAAGGAAGAGGAGAAAGGAGAAAAGCAGAAAACAGAAGAGAAACAGGAAAAUACAGAGGACAGCGGCCCACGAAGAACCGGAAGAAAACGAGCAUUUAACUAUCUGAACAGUGAACAUCAAGAUCUACGUAGAACCGUGAGAAAGGGAGAUCCUGAGGAGCUGAAGGUGUUAUUAAAAACUAUAUCCUCUGAGGAUAUUAUAAAUAUCAGAGAUGACGAAGGGAACACCGUGUUGAACGAAAUCUCAAUUAAAACCGCCCAAUUUGUGGAGAUAGCUCGACUCCUGAUCCAGCAUGACGCAGACGUAAUCCUAGCGGAUGGUAUGGGAAACACACCGUUACACAACUCCCUUCUCUACUACCCAGCUACAGCAGAUAUGGUUCGCCUUCUUAUGGAGAGUGGGGCAAGUUUGGACACUAAGAAUAGAAGUGGAAGUACUCCAAUACAAAUGUCGGAUGACAACGAACUAAACUCUUUUGUUGCAAAGAACUUAAGUGUUGAACCAGUUUCUGUUCUGGAACGCUGGUUAAAUAACACAUCGGAUCCGAUUACCAUUACUGGGAGUCCUAUGAUGACAAUGGACUCGUGCCCAGCAAAGGACUCCACCAGAAGUAUACUUAAAGGAAGAAGACGCCUAAAUCCAGAACUGGAUGCUGUAGAUGAAACCUCAGCCUUGAUAUCAGUGUCUAAAGCUAUAAAGACGAGUACUAAAAGGACGAGUACCACUGGUGCAAGAGGGACGAAAAGACGACGAGAUUCUGACGAAGAAUCAGAAUUAAAGAAGAAACGAAUAAGAUUUGCAUUAAAUGAUUCCCUUGGUGCGUGCAUAGAUCCCGAGUUUAGUGAAGACGACAUUUGAUAUUUGUUUCUCCACUUUUAUUUAAUGUCUAAAUUUUUGUGGUACAGAGAAAAUGAAGAAAUACAGAGUAUGCAUUUUAAAUUUGAUAAAUCUAAAGAACCUAAUAUUUGAAUAGUUAGCAUCAUUCUUUGCCCGUUGUAUUAAACAUGUUGGUUAAGAAUUUUUAAAAUAUCACAUUGAACAAAUUGAAAGCUAAGCUAUGACCCCUUUGCCAUUCCUUUUAUUAAACAUUUGUCGUGAAAGGGGGAGGGAGGGGGACCCCCUCUUUGUUUUGUGAUAAAAAAUUCUAUUUUUUGUGAUUUUAGUAAAUAGUACUUUAGUACCGAAUGUAACAUUUUAAAUAAAUUGGAAUUUAGGUAAA